AUGUGUUGGAUUCUUGGCUUGAUAUUCAUUUUCUAUAUUAUUUAUCGAACCUAUCGACAUUUUUAUCCGACGCUAAACAUUGAUCCUUGCGGUAAAUAUGUUUUAAUUAGUGGUUGCGAUAGUGGAUUCGGUUACCAAUUGGCCAUUGAACUAGAUAAAGAUGGUUUUAAUGUUCUUGCUGGUGUUUACAAUCCGACUAAUCAAGAUUCACUAAGUCACCAACUGUCGUCACGUGCAACAGUGUUUUCUCUUGAUAUUACUAAACAGGAGGAUAUUGACAAAGUCUUUACUCUUGUCCAGAGUAAAACCAAUGUUCUUCAUGCUCUCGUCAACAAUGCAGGUAUAGGUAAAACUGGAUUCAUCGACUGGAUGUCCAUGGAGUUUUUACGUAACAUCAUGGAAGUGAACUUUUUUGGACAUGUCAUGAUGACGAAGAAGUUUUUACCUUUACUAAUUUCCAAACGAGAUUCGCGUGUGGUAAACGUUUCUUCCGUUGCUGGAUAUUUUGCUGGACCAAGCAUGACGGCUUAUGCUUCUUCAAAAUUUGCUCUUGAAUCUUUUUCGGAUUGUCUUCGUCGUGAGAUGAAUGUCUGGAAUUUGCGUGUCAGUAUCAUUGAACCUGGCUGCAUGCGAACGCCGAUUAUCGAAGAUAUUGACAAAGCUAUGACAGACUUCUGGAACAAGGUACCACUUGAUGUCAAGGAUCGUUGGGGAGAAGAGUUUUGGAAGGAUCAACUCGAUCAAGCCAACGCCAAUAUUUUCAUUCAACAUGCUGAAAAUCCUAACAAAGUGGUACGCGCUCUUCGACAUGCUGUUCUGAACACGACACCACAUAUCCGUUAUCGACCCGGUUGGCAAUCAAGUUUAGUACUUUUUCCUCUCUCUAGAGCUCCUACUGUCUUAAUUGAUUGGUUCUUGCAAAAAGCAAGUCCUAGCCGAGUUCUUCCUGUAGGACUUGAAAAACAAAUAAAAGAAUAA